UAUUUACAUUCAAUUGGCAUCAGUUACGGCUGACCAGCACAGACUGAAGAGGCUGCAGUGUUAAUCAUUACAAAGGAAAAACGAAAAAUGGCGGGAAAACUUACAUUGUUUGUUUUUCUUUCUAUCAUCGCUCUCAGCCAGGGUAAUGAUCAGAAUAAUUACGAGACCAGCAGAGUUAAAGUACCAACCGGUAUAGGAUUUAGUCAAAUACUGGACUAUUUACUAGGAGGCUACGGAAACGGGCAUUACCCGGACCGGUACCCGGGCGGAUAUUAUCAGGGCGGUGGCUACCACGGACAAUAUCAGGGUUACCAUCCGGGUCUAGUGGGCCCCCCGGGUGCUCAUCCAGGUUGUCCGCUCUGCGAUUCUUCGGUCUACAGCUACUGUUCCUAUAAGCAGGCACAUGACGCUUGCUGUUGCGAACAUACUGGCUUCAUGUCGUUUCACUGCCACAGCACAAACUGCAACUUCGUGUACGCCAAUUCUUGCGAGGAGUAUCAUCUAAUCAGCAACUGCUGUUGUGUCGAUGUUCAGAAGAGCGCCUUACCUAAUGUCGUAGUAUAGUCAACAUUAAUGCGGAAACAAGUAGAUUUAAAAUGGUAUAAUACGUGAUAGUUUUAAGUCAAAUAAAAUGAAUAUA